AAAUAUAACAUAACGCCAGCUUCAAUAUAUUAGCGACUGUUUUUGGUAGUUAUUAUCAAGUUAAGAAUGAAAUAUAAAUAGUGAAUAGGAGUUUAAACAGUGAUUUCGUCGAAAUAGGGUUACUUUUGAUGAAAUAAACUUUCGCCAGGUGAAUGUUAGUGUGUUUUAUGGAAGGAUGUGAAACAGGACGUUAUAAUAAACACUUUUAAUGGUGAAAAACUUUUUUUCGACAGAAGAGCCAGAAAAUGCCUAUGUACUGUCUAUAAGCAUUGUUAACUUGACAAUUGAUCAGUGCUCAGCAGUGUUGGUUUGUUUUGGCAGCAACUAUUACAAUUCAAACGGAAGAGAAGUUUGUAUAUUCACGAGAAAUUCGAAGACUUUCCUGUUAACCUUUGACCACUUUGGUUAAAUAUGACAGAUUAUUUAUAUUCGGUCAAAAAGCUGGUCGAUCGUUUGAAUUUGCAGUCAUCAGAUAACUAUUCAAGAAAGAAAACUAAGAUUAAAAUCCCCAUGUAUGACGUAUCGGGCACGUGCAUAUCCGGAAAUGAAGCAGAAGUACGAUACCGGAACAAGAACGGAGGCAAUGAAGUCAGUAGCAAACGCAAGAAACGCAGGCCCAAAACAGAAAUUUCAGAUCCACACACCCGUCGCCAGUCUUUGUAUCAGGUUAUUAAACUGAAUAAAGAGAAAUUAGCAGGAAAACAUGGCGGAGAGAGUCCGUAUUUGAAGUCACCGGCAACGACAGCGUCUAAUUCUCCAGCGUCCUCGCCUUUAAACAACAAAAAUAAAACAAUUUUUGAGUUCAAUAUAUAUAAUACUAGUGAUGAUGAAAAGAGGGAUAGUGAUUCGGGUUCAUGUGCUAUUUAUAGCGGACAGAGAAAUCCAAGGUGCGAGGACAAAAACAGUACAUUGUUACUGAGCCCUGAUAUUUCAUAUGUAACCAAACCAAACUCUCCAAACAGAUUACAUUUAGAGAAAUGCAUCUCAUCAAGCAGCGAUAAAUCUGUCAUUCCUGAAGCUGAGCAGCUUAGAUCUCCUUCGCCCUACGACACAGUUUUUCAAGACUGGGAAAGUCCAAACUGCAGCCGAAAGAACAGUGUAACAUCCCGCCAAAGAUUGUCAAUAUCAAAAAGUGUGCCGCUUUCCCCGCCUAUACCAAAUGCAGAAAGAUCCGCUCAACAAUUUUGUAACUUUCAGUUAAAGCUCGACACUUUAAGAGCAGAGCUGCUUGCCAUGAGGAAGGCGGACCAAGAACUCGCAAAAAAGCUUCUAAGCUUGUACUCUGAAAUCCAAUUUUUAAAAGUGAAGAAUUCCUGUAUGAAUUACAGCGAACUAAUUGACGAGGCGGUGUACGAGGCGGAAAUGGCGGACGAUUUUCCAGACAUGUGUGAUGCGCCCCGGAAGUUCGCGAACAAGUUACUGACCAGCCAUGGCGUUACUAGUUUUAACAUUCAUUCUAGACGGUUUUCUUGCAGUUAAAUUAACAGAUAUGUAAUUAAACAGUUUGAUUAAUAAAGUAAGCGUUAUAUGUU